GCGUCGACUGUCAGAUCAGAAGUUUUGUUUACAUCGUCGGUGUUCGAAAGCUCGGAAAAGUGGAACGCAUUAAAAAGUUAAUUUUCAAGUAAUUUCGAAAACGUAACCGGUUCGGAAUGGCAGGAGAAGUACUGGUGGAUGCUCUUCCGUACAUCGAUCUCGGAUACGAUGAUCCCGGAGUGCGGGAAGCGGCAAUCGCCAUGGUGGAGGAGGAAUGUCGCAGGUAUCGUCCCACGAAAAACUAUCUCGAACACCUACCGGCGCUGAACACGACCGCCUUCGAAACCCCGCUGAUGACGACGGAAUUCGAACGGAUCCAGAACCGGUUGCCAAUGGAGCCGCUGAGUAUGAAACGGUACGAACUACCCCCACCACCCGCCGGCAAAAUGUCCGAGGUGUCGGCGUGGACCGAAAGUGUGGACAACUCGAUGGCCCAGCUGGAACACCAAGCCGUCCGGGCCAUGAACCUGGACCUGAUGAUGGAAUAUGGGUGCGAAAUGUGGAAAUCAUACCUGGAGGUGCUGACGGCGAUGCAAGCCAAGGCCCAGGCACGACUGGAGGCCAUCAAGAAGGAAAUUCAGGACGUGAACUGGAAGCGAAAAUCGAAGCAAACCCAAGGUGGCGAAAAAUUGCGCUCAUUAGAGGCACAGUGGGUUAUGCUGGUGUCUAAGAAUUACGAGAUUGAACAAGCAUGUGCCAAGCUUGAAGAGAGGAUUUAUCAAAAGAAAAAUCAAAUGGUAGGACAGAAUAGGAAAUAAGAUGGUAAUUAUUAUAAAUUCAUUAUUGUACUUGGUUCGA